CUCAUCAUAGUGACAGGGCAUCAAAUGAGCAAUACAGGGACAGUCAGCAUUGGUGGUCGUCAAAAUCCCUGAGACUCCCACAGCCCCAUGAAAGCUCAAGAAAUUUCGAUCUUCAAGUGUUUGCCGUCCCAAGCAAUCGUCUAUGCGUGGUAUCCGACAUCGGUCCCGCCGAGUCUCGCCUCCAACGUUUCUUCUCCGAAUCGCGAAUCAAACCCGAUAUCUGCUAUCAGCACCGAUUCAGUAACCCAUCAAACAAUACCCAUAUGGAGAUGGAGACAGAAAGUAGACAUGCUGGAGGAGGCAAACGAUCACAAUGCCAUUUUGCGUGCUCGGCUCUUGCGAAAGCGUAAUUACGCUCGCCUCGCGUGGGUGCUAUCGGCUCUAGGAAUAUGGGACAUGGUCAACCAUCACGUCAACCCGCCUCACUCCAGCCAAGGCUUAGCCAAGAUGGAAAAAAAGUUCUCGGCACCAGUAUUUAUUACAAACGGGCAUGCUAAUCGCGAUCCUAUUCUUAAAGUAGAAAGGGAGAUGGAUCACACGACUCGAUAUCUAAGACCAUGUCGGAUCUCAGCUACUCCAACGGCGCACCACUUUGGUCACUUUGAGGUGUCACUAAGAAUUACUAGUAUAGUUACACGACCUACGCCCUACGAAACACAGAGCAGGUUUUUUUCUUCUUCUUCUUUCUCCUCUUUUCCCUCCCACCGGAUAUCCUCGUUAUUAUAGGGUAACA